AAAAAAAAAACUCAAUCACCUAAUUAUAUAACAGUGGAUUUAUUGAAAUUGGAAGAACAAGAAGAAGAAAAAAAGAGUAAAAUUGCAUGAUUGAAUUGACGUACUCACCUACCUCCCCGAAAAAGGGGUAUAUUUAUCUACGUGGCUAUAUAAUUUUGGUUAUAAUUUUUGUCUUUCAUUUGCUGAUCUGUUUGGUCCCAUUUGAUUCUGCAAAAAGGGAAUUGAUUGAUGAGAAGCAAAAAUGGUGGUUUCUUGAAUUUUUAUCAAGAAAAGUUGUUCCCUUUAUUAGUCUCCGCCGCAUAGAGGUUAAAGAUUCAAUCUUUUUUGCUGUUGAGGUGAUUGGGGUUUCCUUAUUUGGCUUUCUUUCCAAUUGGGUGUCUUGAAUUUUCUAUGGGGGAUUUUUUGAAUUGAUUUUAUUACCAUAUCAAGAGUUGGAUUCUGUGAAGUGGGUAUUUUGUGUUUUGAUUCAGAGGGCAGUUCAAAGGAAUUCUAUUUAAUGCCAGUUAAUUGGAACCUAUUGGCAGCCAGCCAUUUUUGAUAUAUAUUGAUUUGGAAAAUGCUGAUAUAAGGCUAAGGAAUUGAUAAUAGUUCUGUAAUCAGUGAAUAGUUUGUUGAAUCUUCUAUGUUGGGCACUUGUCAGGGGCUCUAUGCUGAUAUUUUGUUGCAGCAAUUUGGAUAUGAGUUUUGUUACUGAAUGAGGUUAUAGCAAUGAGAGGCAAAGGCCUCUCUAUUGUUGUCAAUGGAUGCCUCGAAUAGGACGUUUUCUGAUCUGUUAAAGUUACUGAAAUCGUGGAUCCCCUGGCGACAUGAGCCUGAUAAUGUGUCGAGGGAUUUUUGGAUGCCCGAUCAUAGCUGUAGAGUAUGUUAUGAUUGUGAUUCUCAGUUCACAUUGUUUAACCGUAGGCAUCAUUGUCGUCUUUGUGGGCGAGUAUUCUGUGGCAAGUGCACAUCUAAUUGGGUUCCUGCACCAUCCAGUGAGCCAAGGCCACUACAAGAUGAGUGGGAAAAGAUCAGAGUUUGCAAUUACUGUUUCAAGCAAUGGGAGCAAGGUUUAGCUGCUAGUCUUAGAACUCAGAUUGCUAACCUGCAUACGAGUACUUCUUCGCCUUCUGCAACCAGUUUUAUUAGCUUCAAGUCUACUGGAACUGGUGAGAGCAGUAGCAUUACCGUUACUUCAGUGCCACAUUCUUCGGUACUUAGUCCAUGCAAAUCAACUGUAACAGAAUCUACUCUAGAGACGCAAAAUGUUGCAACAUCGAGAGGGAGCUUUGAUCCUGCUAGUAAAGGGGUUUUGGACCCUUCCCUAAACCAAUAUGCAUUUUGCACAACAAGGAGUGAUGAUGAAGAAGAGGAAUAUGGUGUUUACCAGUUAGAUUCCCAGGGGCAUUUUCCUCAGGUUAAUGGCUACUAUGGCCACGUUCAGUAUGACGAGAUCAAAAAGGACUAUGGAUCUCAUAAAGUACACGCUGACGGAGACGCUAUGGAUGAAAAAAGUGUGAGCAGCUCUUCCUUACACAAUAGUUUUGAUUCCCAGGCUUCCGAAGAAGUCCAGCAGAUUGUAAAACAGGACAUCUCUGAUGAAUGUGAAGUGCCUUCAUCCCUAAAUGUUGCAGAAGAUGCUAAUCUGGAACCUGUGGAUUUUGAGAACAAUGGAGUUCUGUGGCUUCCACCUGAACCAGAAGAUGAAGAAGAUGAAAGGGAAGCACUUCUAUAUGACGAUGAUGAGGACGGGGAUGCUGCAGGAGAGUGGGGAUGUUUACGGUCAUCAAGCAGCUUUGGAAGUGGUGAAUUUAGAAGUAGGGAUAGGUCAAAUGAGGAGCAGAAAAAGGCUGUGAAAAAUGUGGUUGAUGGCCACUUCAGGGCUUUAGUAUCACAGCUUAUGGAGGUUGAAAAACUUGCCAUCGAUGAGGAAGAUGAAAAAGAGAGUUGGCUGGAGAUUAUUACAUCCCUGUCAUGGGAAGCUGCCACACUUCUGAAACCAGACACUAGCAAGGGCGGAGGGAUGGACCCUGGGGGAUACGUAAAGGUGAAAUAUGUAGCAUCUGGGCAUCGUAGUGACAGUGCGGUGGUGAAAGGAGUUGUCUGCAAGAAAAACGUAGCUCAUCGACGAAUGACGUCCAAAAUUGAGAAGCCUCGCAUAUUAAUCCUUGGAGGGGCUCUUGAGUACCAGCGUGUCUCCAACCACUUAUCAAGUUUUGAUACUUUGUUGCAGCAGGAAAUGGAUCAUCUCAAGAUGGCUGUUGCCAAAAUUGAUGCACACCAACCAGAUGUUCUUCUGGUGGAAAAAUCUGUUUCUCGCUAUGCACAAGAGUACCUCCUGGCAAAGGACAUAUCACUUGUCUUAAAUAUCAAGAGGACACUUUUGGAGCGUAUAGCCCGCUGCACAGGUAGUCAAAUAGUACCUUCAAUAGAUCAUCUCUCCUCUCAAAAAUUGGGAUACUGUGACAUGUUCCAUGUUGAGAAGUUUUUCGAAGAGCAUGGUACAGCCGGGCAGAGUGGAAAGAAGCUGGUGAAGACUCUAAUGUACUUUGAAGGCUGUCCAAAGCCACUGGGAUGCACUGUAUUACUCCGUGGCGCAAAUGGGGAUGAGUUGAAGAAAGUAAAGCGUGUCUUUCAAUAUUCAAUUUUUGCAGCUUAUCAUUUGGGUCUGGAAACUUCUUUUCUUGCUGAUGAGGGAGCAUCUCUACCUGAACUGCCUCUGAAUUCUCCAAUAACUGUAGCACUUCCAGAUAAAUCAUCAACUAUUGACCGGUCAAUCUCAACAAUACCUGGUUUUACCUUUCCUUCCACUGAAAAAACUCAAUCACCACUAUGUGGUGGUGCACCACAGAGAUCAGGUAGCAUUCCCACAACAGACCUGGUCAAGGCUGCAAGCCUUUGUGCUCAGCCAAUGGGUAUGACAGAGUUCCCAACUGCAGCACGCACUGAGACUUCCUUCCGUGGGCCCUCCGCAACUAGUGCAUCUGUGGACAGAGGUAUCGUGGAUAUGAUAGAGUAUUCCAGAUUAACGCCUUCAGAGAAUGCAGAACAAUGUUGUUUAUCACAGAAUGUUCAAAAUUGCAUUGCUGUGGCUGUGAACCAAAGUGGCUCAAAUCCAAUGGUUUUGCAACUAGACGGAGAACAUGUUCCCGAUGAACCAGCUUCUUCAAAGGAAGAGUUUCCUCCGUCUCCGUCUGACCAUCAAAGCAUUUUGGUUUCCUUAUCAUCCCGAUGUGUUUGGAAAGGAACUGUCUGUGAAAGGUCCCAUCUCUUUCGGAUCAAAUACUAUGGAAACUUUGAUAAGCCAUUGGGUCGAUAUCUACGAGACAAUUUGUUUGAUCAAAGUUACAGAUGUCGUUCAUGUGAGAUGCCUUCAGAAGCACAUGUGCAGUGUUAUACUCAUCGACAAGGCACUCUAACUAUUUCUGUUAAGAAGCUGCCAGAGUUUCUUUUGCCUGGUGAAAGGGAAGGAAAAAUAUGGAUGUGGCACAGGUGCCUCAGAUGUCCACGGGUUAAGGGCUUUCCUCCAGCAACUCAAAGAAUAGUGAUGUCCGAUGCUGCUUGGGGCUUAUCCUUUGGGAAGUUUCUCGAACUUAGUUUUUCAAACCAUGCAGCUGCUAGCAGGGUAGCUAGCUGCGGCCAUUCUUUACAUAGAGAUUGUCUUCGGUUUUAUGGUUUCGGAAAAAUGGUUGCUUGCUUUCGCUAUGCGUCAAUUGAUGUUCACUCAGUGUGCCUUCCUCCUGCAAAGCUGGAUUUCAACUAUGAGAAAAAUCAGGACUGGAUACAACAAGAAGUGAACGAGGUUGUUAGUCGAGCUGAACGUUUGUUUUCUGAGGUUCUGAAUGCAAUCCGUCUUUUGGUGGAGAAACGAUCUGUUGGUCAAUUUAACAGCAGCGUUAAAGCACCUGAAGCUAGAGGUCAGAUUGCUGUUUUGGAAGGGAUGCUGCAGAAGGAGAAAGAAGAAUUUGAAGAAUCUCUCCAGAAAAUUCUGACCAAGGAGGCGAAAAAGGUGCAGCCAGUGGUUGAUAUUUUCGAGAUUAAUCGGUUGCGAAGACAACUCAUUUUCCAGUCUUAUAUGUGGGAUCACCGACUUGUAUAUGCAGCCAGCUUAGAAUGCGAGGCUUAUUGCGUUACAGGAGAGAAACCCCUGGUCGGUAAUGAUAAGUACACUGACCCAGAUAGGACCAGUGAUUAUUUGAAUGUCUCUGGUUCUGUUUCUGCAACUAGAGUACUUGAUGCAAAAUCUAAUGAUGGAGUAAGUUUUGGCCAAAAGAAUCAUGUGGAUGCAGAUCAUCAAGGAUCUGAGGUUCUCUUUGAUUCUAGUUGUGCAAUUGAAAAACCAUCAGAUCUUCCUGUUGGAACAGAAAGCUUCUUUGGAUUGAACUCUGCGGAAUCCAAUAUAGAGGGUUCCAGAGCCCUUUCUGACGGGCAGUCCCCGAUCAUGGAUAAUUUGUCAGAUACUCUUGAGGCAGCUUGGACUGGUGAAACUACUUCCGCUGUCGGAGUGCUGAAGGAUGGUACUUGCAGAUCUUCUGAACCACUUACUGCAGAUUCUUCAACAACUAGAUUAGCAGAAAAAGUGGACGUUGAAGACCCUGGUGAGGAACAUGGCGGAACUAAGGCGUCUGGAUUUCCUCCUUCUUUGUCCUCUAAAGGAUCUGAAAAUGUGGAAGACGCCGGGGGAUGGUUAGGUAUGUCUUUUAUUAGCUUUUACCGGUCACUGAACAAAAACUUUUUACCAAGUGCUCAGAAGUUGGAUACGCUUGGCGAGUACAGCCCUGUCUACAUUUCCUCAUUUAGAGAGUCAGAGGCCCAAGGCGGAGCCAGGUUGCUCCUACCUGUUGGGGUUAAUGAUACCAUUAUACCAGUGUAUGAUGACGAGCCCACUAGUAUUAUAUCUUACGCACUAGUUUCACAGGAUUAUAUUGCACAACUAGCUGAUGAGCUAGAGAAAUCAAAGGAUUCUAGUUUGGACUCUAACCUUCCGCUGCAGUCCCUGGAAUCUGGAAGUCUGCAGUCCCUUCAAUCUAUGGAUGAAAUGGUAUUAGAAUCAUACAGAAGUCUUGGAUCUGCUGAUGAGAGUAUCUUGUCUUCGUCCAGUAGUCAUAGCUCUUCGGUUUUGGAUCCACUCUCAUACACAAAGGCAAUGCAUGCUAGAGUCUCCUUUUCAGAUGAUGGACCACUAGGGAAAGUGAAGUAUACAGUGACUUGUUAUUUUGCGAAGCGCUUUGAAGCUUUGAGGAGGAUAUGUUGCCCAUCUGAGAUGGAUUUCAUAAGAUCUCUUAGUCGCUGUAAGAAGUGGGGAGCCCAAGGGGGCAAGAGCAAUGUUUUCUUUGCUAAAACGUUGGAUGAUCGAUUCAUUAUUAAGCAAGUGACCAAGACAGAGCUGGAAUCUUUUAUAAAAUUUGCUCCUGCAUAUUUUAAAUAUCUUUCUGAAUCAGUAAGCUCAAGGAGUCCUACUUGCCUGGCUAAAAUUCUGGGGAUCUAUCAGGUGACAUCUAAGCAUUUUAAAGGAGGGAAGGAAUCUAAAAUGGAUGUGCUAGUUAUGGAGAACCUUCUAUUUGGGAGGAAUCUAACGCGGCUUUAUGACCUUAAAGGAUCUUCCAGGUCUCGUUACAAUCCCGACUGUAGUGGAAGCAAUAAGGUCUUGCUGGAUCAGAAUUUGAUCGAGUCAAUGCCAACUUCGCCUAUUUUUGUUGGAAACAAAGCCAAGAGACUUUUGGAACGAGCAGUCUGGAAUGACACUGCUUUUCUUGCAUCAGUUGAUGUGAUGGAUUACUCACUAUUAGUCGGGGUUGACGAAGAGAAGCAUGAACUUGUUCUUGGGAUUAUUGACUUCAUGAGACAGUAUACAUGGGACAAACACCUAGAGACGUGGGUUAAGGCCUCCGGCAUCCUUGGCGGGCCCAAGAACGUCUCUCCGACUGUAAUUUCACCUAAGCAAUACAAAAAGAGGUUCCGGAAGGCAAUGACCACCUAUUUUCUUAUGGUUCCGGAUCACUGGUCACCUCAUACGAUUACUCCCAACAGGUCGCAGAAUGAUUUACAGAACACGCAAAGUGGAAAAUCUGCGGAAUGAUUUGUAUAUCUUGCUUGUAUAUCCUAAGGUCAUAUAUUUCUCCCCAUUUUUUCAAUUCUUUUGAUAUAUGUAAUUCCAGGGGUAUUCUCCUUAAAUGAAGGAACACAUGAUUACUUGUUAGAAGACGACGAUGGAGGGUUAUAGACUUAUAGUUCUAGUGACAGAUUUUUCCUGCAUAGAAAAUUAGGUUUACCUUAAAGGCAAUUUAUUUGUACAUCUUUUCUUUUUUAUUAUGAUUGUUUCCUUGUGUAGAAACUAGAAACCAAGUUGUACGUGAGUUACAAAGGAUCAACAGCAAUUUUUGGUCAAAGCAUGAUUCUUUAUAAGUUUAUGCUA